AGCCAGCCAGCCCCCCCUUUCGGCCCCCGUCCUCCUCCUGAUCCGUGAGUGACUGAGCUCAAGCCGCGGCGGCCUCGAGCGCAGGGCGCCCACCUGCGAGGGAGCGCCUCGUGGUGCGCGGCGCCCGGCGCUGUAAUGGCCGAGGCGUGCGAGCCCAUGGCGCCGUCCAUUGCAGACGACGUGGAGGAGCAGUUCGAGCUCUGCGGGGUGUCCACCCCCCAUCUCCAGAGCCGCGCGCUGGUCGAGAGGCGCAUGGCAGUGCCAGGGAAAGACGCACAUCCUAUUGCCGGCACUCGCAGGCUCGCCCUGGGGCGCUUCCUCCGCCAUCUUCUGUCCGCCAUCGCACACGGGUGUGGUGGGACCAUCCGUACAGAUGUUCUCCAGCAGGUUUGGUUCGACAGCAUGCACAUGUGCGACAUCCUGGCUGCACGCGGCUUGAACUUCGCUCAUCAUGCUACAUCACACGCUACCGCGGUGCUGAGGAUCUUGUGGAAGAUGAGAGAUGCUACGCUCACGCUGCCCAGUAACCAUCUCUCGAAGCUGACGGAGGUAUUGUGGAAGCACGGUAUGGCCGUGCAGCCUGUGUUGCCAGAAGACAUCAACAGCGCCGAGAGCCGCAUCUUGUUCUGCUUGGGUUGGCAGGUCUGGCUCCCGUCGCUCCACUGGUGGCUGGCCACUUUCUUCUCGCGGCUCAGGGUCCUGACCAAGCAGCAGCCAGCAAACCGCGAGGAGUCCGAGUUCGAGGCGGUCAUGACGCAGAUGUGGCAGCGGAGCUACACGUGCAGCCUUGCCGUGGUGAUGCACGUGGCGUCGCUCGGCCAGUCGGCCCCCCGCCUCUCUGCCACGGGCCUGCUGGGCCUCUGCUGCGUGCGCGCGGGCCUGCUCCAGCUGCACGACGUCUGCCCCGAGCGGCUCGGGGCGCCCGAGUGGGAGGGUGUCUACGCGCGGGCGAUGGGAACGGUGCCGGCGUUCAGGGCAGGCUCCCGCGUGGCCAAUGCCGCUCAAAUCGUCCAGGCGGCGACCGGCAGCAGCAGGGACGCGAUCCGAGGGGCGUGUUGGCACGUCGCCCUGGCCCUGUCGGAUGCGUGCCCGGCGGGUGCCCAGGAGACCGUGUAGAUUCUAGACGCCUGGCUCAGUGGGGCGACGGAGGAGGAG